GUCACCGCCUCGGUUUACUCGCUUUGUUUGUCUGGAUCUGUUUUCAGACUGAGCGACGAGCAGAGAGCAUCAGACCGAGAGAAAAACACGUCCUCUUUCUCCUUUCUCCUGCUCUCAUCGUAUCAUAUUUCUAUAUAUUUCUAUCUUUUAUAACUCUGCGAUCACAACGAGAGAGAUGCCGUCCGACAGACCCUUCAAACAGAGGAGGACAUUCGCUGACCGGUGCAAAGAGGUCCAGCAGAUCCGGGACCAGCACCCCAACAAGAUCCCCGUGAUCAUUGAGAGGUAUAAGGGGGAGAAGCAGCUUCCUGUUCUGGACAAGACCAAGUUCCUGGUGCCAGACCAUGUCAACAUGAGCGAGCUGGUCAAGAUCAUCAGGCGCCGGCUGCAGCUGAACCCGACCCAGGCCUUCUUCCUACUGGUGAACCAGCACAGCAUGGUGUCAGUCUCCACGGCCAUCUCUGAGAUCUACGAGCAGGAGCGGGACGAGGACGGCUUCCUCUACAUGGUCUACGCCUCGCAGGAGACCUUCGGCUGCUAGGGAGGGGGCCAGGGGAGGGGAGAGCGGGACAUCUUCAGGUGCUGGGGGGAGGGCGGGGAGGAGGCAUAUAAAAGGUCAAGAAAAAAUCUGACGGUGUAGCACCCCCCCGGUCAGCGUGCAUGUGACCCCCCCUUCCCCUCUCUCUGUAGUGAACACCACCCCCCCCCCCCAUAUCGGUCAGUACUACACUAGCUGAGGACAUCCUGUGUGUUUCUAGUUUCCUUCCCUCAGUCCUGCACAGACUCUUAUUUUGAAAAAGGCGGGACAAACCGGCCAAUCACGUUUGGGCAAUUUUUGAAAUUGAUUUUCAACCUCAAAACUAAACAGGAAGUGUUUCAGAAACGCUAAGCCAGUCAGGAAGUGGUUUUGACAUCCUUCUUUACCCCGAGUCAUCGCUCUACGACCUCCUCUUAGCAACAGGCUAGCAGAUCGACGGGGGGACUCUACUUUAACCUUUUUUUAACUCGUUUUCGUUUUUUAAUCUUUAGUUUGAGACAUUAGGCGUAGUUUCUCUUUGUGUCAUUUGUUUUUAAUCGUACAUUUUUCCGUCGGCCUGAGGCUCCGCUCGCCACCUCGCCAAUGGCUACCGAGUAGCUAACGGUCAGGCUAACGACGACUGUAAUCCUGGGACAUUUAAUUACUCUAAUAAUUCAUUCUACAUGUGCAAUAUUUAACCCCGCCACGCCCUCGCAGGGUAACGCAACACUACCACUUCCUGUAGAGCUUAAUGUCACAGGAGGGAAGUUAGCAUUAGCAUUAGCAUCACUAAACAGACGCUGCUACAACCAGACAACAGACUGAAGCACAACACACCCGUUGGCAUCACGUUGGUGCGCCUGUUUUCCCGCACAAGGACGCCCCUCAUGACGCUUCAUUUAAUGUCCAAUCAGGGGACGCGGAUUCAAAAGCCGGUUCAGUAGAUUUUAGGUCGCCGAAAAUAACACAAGGGGUUUUAAAAAAGGAAACAUUUUGAAGAGUGGUGCAGGAAUGAGUCCUGCAAAAAAAAAACGGGAAUGACUCAGCAUUUUAUCACUUCCUGUUUGGAAGUCAAUGGUUGUCUGAAUGUGUUUUUCGUUGUUCGACUGAAAUACGGUCUGUGGUUGACACAAGCUUUUUGUUCUACGACAUAAAUCACAUCAAUAAAAACCCCAAUUUAAAAACGCGGUUGCUCACAAGCGUCUAAACAUGAACAACAUUAGCCGCUGUUAGCUUAGCGUGAAGUCAUGUGACCCUGAUGUUCCUCUAUAGCUUAACGUUGGCUUAUCAUUGUUCAAUAACCCAGUGGAGGAAUCCCAUUGGCUGUGAACAGAGGACCAGGGAGAUGCUGCCUUCAGGGUCGGGUUAAAAAAAAUAGGUCAUUCCUGCACCACUCGAUUAGCUCGGUUAGCGUUAGCAGCACAGGAGAGUGAAGGGUCAGGAGCGUGAGGACAGGAAGUGUGUUAUUUAUUCUCACAAGUUGUAUAUCGAGCAGAGGAAAUAAGACCUCCCCCCCUUCACACGCGUGUCACGGUAGCAUUAGCAUAACAAAAUGUAUUUAACGUUGGUCAUGAAUGAGCUUCUUUUGCACAUAAAUUAAUACCAAUAUAAGAGAGUUGGCAUAGGGUUUUUUUAGGAAAUGACUGUAUAUCUAUAUAUCGAUUAUUAUCACCUCUCUGUCCGUGUGUUCGUCCGUCUGCCUUUCUUUAAAUUACUUUAUAGAACAGGAGGUUGUGCUGCACUACAGGCCCUGCAUGUUUUAACCUUGUUUUUUUUUAGAUCAAUGUACAUUGGUUUUACGCAGUGUUGUUUAAUUUAGACAUUUCUAGGUGUUUCCCGAACCAAAAACUGAAAAUGAGUGAAAGUUUUGAAGGAAAACAAACAAACUGUGUGCGUAGAAACGAUCAUAUAAUCGAGCUGCGUGUUUGUCUUUAGGCUUUCUGACAUGUCACUGUUCGGAGGGGUGUACAUAGACGCAUUGCUGCAACCUUAUUCAAAGCAUUUGCCAAUAAAUAAAAAAAGUUGCCUUUAAAAAA